GUAAGGCCCAUGUCUAAAUACUGUCAAUUUAUCAUGGGGCCGGCUGGUUCGGGAAAGGUAUGACAACAUAUUAAGUCAACCUAUUGCGAUACUAUGUAUCAACAUUGCUCCACAAUUGGCCGGUCUGUUCACGUGGUCAAUUUAGAUCCUGCAGCUGAGCAAUUCACAUAUCCCUGCUCGAUUGAUAUAUCCGAACUUAUCACAGUGGAAGAUGUGAUGACCGAAUUAGACUACGGCCCAAAUGGAGGAUUGCUCUAUUGUUUAGAGUAUCUAGUACAAAACAUGAGCUGGCUCCGGGACAAGUUAGAGGAUCAUGAAGAAGACUACUUAAUCAUCGAUUGCCCAGGGCAAAUUGAGCUGUACACGCACGCUCCAGUAAUGAAAGCGAUUGUGGAUUUCUUGACGAAGCAAAUGGGAUACAAAAUCGUUUGUUUAUAUUUGUUAGAUGCUAAUUUUUUAAAUGAAGCGGCCAAAUUUAUCUCAGGAACGCUAAUAUGUCUGGCAGCGAUGAUACAAUUUGAGCAGCCACAUAUCAAUUUAAUUACAAAAGUGGAUUUGCUAGGUAAAAAGGCUGAAAAUGAAAUAAUGGAAAAAUAUUACGACGCCAAUGUUGAAAUGAUUAUAUCAGAACUGCAUAAAACAACCCCUGAAAAAUUUUAUGCGCUGAAUGAAGCUUUUGCACAGGUUAUAGAUGACUGGAGCUUGGUUCAGUUCGUUCCAUUAAAUAUUCAAGACGAAGAGAGCAUAGCCAACGUAUUAGCGCAUAUAGACAAUGCAACGCAAUAUGGAGAAAAUGAAGAGCCAAAAGAGCCUAUUUGGAAAGAUGAGGAAGACAUAUAA